AUGGCUGCAAUUCUCCUCCUCACCAUUGCAUCCCUUUCCUCACUUUUUGCUCCAACCACCGCUCGAAUCCCCGGAGUCUACUCCGGUGGUCCCUGGACUAGCGCUCACGCCACUUUCUACGGCGGCAGCGACGCCUCCGGAACAAUGGGUGGUGCUUGUGGCUACGGAAACCUAUACAGCCAAGGCUACGGCGUCAACACCGCCGCUCUAAGCACCGCACUAUUCAACAAUGGCUUAAGCUGCGGUGCAUGCUUUGAGCUCAAGUGCGACCAAGAUCCUCGUUGGUGUAACCCAGGAAACCCUUCAAUCUUAAUCACUGCAACAAACUUUUGUCCUCCCAAUUUCGCUGAACCUAGCGACAAUGGUGGCUGGUGUAACCCACCUCGUCCACACUUCGAUCUUGCCAUGCCCAUGUUCCUCAAGAUCGCUCAGUACCGCGCCGGAAUCGUCCCCGUCGCUUACCGCCGGGUACCAUGUAGAAAGACAGGAGGCAUCAGAUUCACAAUCAACGGUUUCCGUUACUUCAACUUGGUUUUAAUCAGCAACGUCGCGGGUGCAGGGGAUAUCGUGCGCGUGAGUGUAAAAGGAACCAACACAGCAUGGAUGACAAUGAGCCGAAACUGGGGGCAAAACUGGCAAUCCAAUGCAGUUUUUGUGGGCCAGGCUCUCUCAUUUAGGGUUACCGGCAGUGACCGUCGUACAUCAACGUCGUGGAACGUGGCACCAUCUCAUUGGCAGUUCGGACAAACCUUCACCGGAAAGAAUUUCCGUGUUUAA